AAAACAAAAUUAUCAUGUUGAGGGUUCUCAAGGAGUUAAAGGGAAAGACUUCAUUCCGACCAAUAGCAGAGGAGACGGAAAGGCCCGAAACUGCGUCAGAUAAAAAAACUCUCAGUGAGCGAGACAACGAAAGCGAGGAACACGAAGCAUUCCAACAGAUACAGAGUCAAGCAAAAGUCCAACGACCGGAACCCGCCAAAUUCCUUAUCCUUCAUUAUUCCCCUUUUAAGGCGGUAUGGGACUGGAUCGUAUUAUUUCUAGUGUUAUAUACCGCCGUGUUUACGCCAUACUUUGUGGCUUUCAUUUUGAACGAAGACGAGGCUAUGAUGAGACUACAUCGAGAUUCUGCUACGAGACUUCAACACGCGGAAACAAUUAAAACAGACCCCUUUGUUAUUAUAGACUUGAUUGUGGAUAUUAUGUUUAUAGCAGAUAUUUUAAUUAACUUUCGAACGACUUACCUACAUAGUGGGGAGGUUAUCAUGGAUCCCCAAAAGAUCGCCAUCAACUACAUCAAGGGAUGGUUCAUUAUCGAUUGUGUGGCAGCUAUGCCCUUUGACCUUUUACUUUUUGGAUCAGGGAAUAGUGAUCGAAUGACCAUUACUGGUAUCCUCAAGCUCGCCCGUCUUUUACGUCUUCUUCGAGUUUUGAGGCGGAUCGAACAAUUUGCUGCAUAUGGGGCGGCUGUUCUGAUGUUGUUGAUGGUAUCAUUUACACUGAUUGGCCACUGGCUUGCAUGUAUCUUCUACGCAAUCGCAUACAUGGAGCGCCCACAUCUUCCUGAACGAAUCGGAUGGCUGGAUUCCUUGGCCGACGCCUACAAUAUGCCAUAUCUCCCUAAUGAUACGAUGAGUGGUCCACCAAUCAAAACACGUUAUAUAACCGCACUUUACUUCACAUUCACCAGUUUGACAAGUAUUGGAUUCGGCAAUGUGGCGCCAAAUACGAAUGCCGAAAAAAUCUUCAGCAUAUUCGCCAUGUUGCUUGGGUCUCUGUUGAGUGCCGCCAUUUUUGGUAACGUCUCUUCCAUCAUGUUACGUAUGUAUCAGGGAUCAGACGACUAUCAGGAGCGAGUAUCCAGCAUUAAAGAGUUCAUCAAUUUCCACCACUUGCCAAAGAACCUGGCCACCAGACUACAGGAAUCCUUCCAGCACGCGUGGACGUAUACUAACGGAGUGGACAUGGGAAAUGUUCUGAAGGGAUUUCCUGAUUGUCUCCAGUCUGAUAUCUGUCUACACCUCAAUAAAAAUCUGCUGACCAACUGUCAGGCUUUUAAGGGAGCUAGUCCAGGUUGUUUACGUUCAUUAUCACUUAAAUUCAAAACCACGCAUGCGCCGCCUGGUGAUACACUUAUUCAUCCGGGAGACAUUCUUACAGCCAUUUAUUUCAUGGCGCGUGGGUCUGUGGAGAUCAUGAAGGACGACUCUGUUAUGGCAAUACUUGGUAAACAUGACAUAUUUGGAGCGGACAUGAAGGAUUCGGACACUGCGGGACAGUCCCUGUAUUUUGUGCGGGCCUUGUCUUAUUGCGACAUCAACAAAAUAGAGCUGGACGACCUGAGGGAAGUCUUACAGACUUACCCAGAAUUUGCAGAACAGUUCAUCAAGAAGUUCCAUGUGACCUUUGAUUUAAAGAAGGGGACACUUCUGGAAAGAAAAUACAAAUCGAAGAUAGAAGACGAAACUCUUAAAUUUAUCCGCCAAAAACGUCCCAGAAUGCAGUGCAAAGGACGUUCUGUAGAUACUGGUCCAACAAUGAGGCACCGGAAGAGCUACAUCAGGCAUCGAAACAGUAACGAUCCAAGUGGAAGUGACGAAGAACACGUGGGUAUUCUGGAGUUUUCUACCGAACAAGCGACAGAGGGCGUUGACAUAGAGGAGAAGGAUGUCAGUCAUAAAAGAAAGAAUUCCACUGCUUCAGUGUCAGGUGCCAUGACGAAUUUUUUCUCCGCUGUGACAACAGUGUCCAGGAUAAAUAAGAUUUCUAGAACCAAACCACGUCCAGCAAUGACAGCCAAAUCAAAGUGGGGCGCAAUCAAGUCCGAAAUCCUGUCAGACAAACGCUUACCUGACGUAGAAUCAGGCGAUGCACGUGAUCACAAUUCACCAAUAGAAUCUACUGCUACGUCAUACACGCCAAAAUCUCUUUCCAGUUCCGGUCCUCAGUUAACCACUGUCGAUUACGACGUUCCCAAGCAACGAGAAAAUCGUGACUAUAGUCACGUGACUAGCGACAUGGACAACAAACUUAUUGCUCUUCAACAACGAAUGAAUGCAUUUGAAAGUGAACUUUUUACAACUGUGGAUGCUAUUUUAAAAAUCCUUGGACAAACGCCAAAAUACCCAAGUGAUGCUCAAAUUCACAAUGUUACUAUGCAUCCGUCCGCCAAAGCCACUGACGUCAGCAAGGCGCCAAAAUCGAAAGGAGCCAGACUGAUUAAAACUGUUCAUGAAUUAGAUCGAGUGUUUGCUAAAAUAUGA